AUGGAGCCGCGGGUACUGGGACCUGCUCCCACCCACCCCACACCCUGGCAAGUGCUGGUGCUGGGGCUGGACGGAGCAGGGAAGAGCAGUGUCCUGCACUAUAUCUGCAACCAGACGGCCAGGAAUCGCUUCUCACCCACCUAUGGCUUCAGCGAGCUGCACCCACUGCUGCCCAUGGAGCCCCAGCUGCCGCUGGUGGUGCUGGCCAACAAGCAGGACAAGAGCGAUGCCCUGAGCACGGCAGAGCUGUGGGAGGAGCUGGCCCUGCACAAGCUCAGCGAGCAGCGGGAGCUCUUCCUCCUGCCCACCAGCGCGACCUGGGACAGCCUGAGCACUGCCAACAGCAUCCUCCACGUGAAGAACCUGCUGGUGACGCUGCUCUCCCAGCCCCUGAGUGCUCUGCUGCAGGGGGAGGGCAGCCAACCCCCCCCGGUUCAAGGAUGA